UCGCCGCAGAAAAAGUCGCUGCGAGUUUUGAUGUAUCGCUGCUUCGGGCGUUGCUUUAUAAUAGCGGGGAGGUUUGGAACUGGGGGAAGUAGUUCAUAGCGUAACAGCAACUCCGUCUUCCAGGCUCUGACAAAGAGAAGAGGAAAGGAGAAAGAAAAAGGACGAGAAAACGAAAAAAGUGAAGUGCUACGGGAGGGAGUCUUGUUUCUGACCGUGAGGGAAAAGAAGUAGAACCGGAAGUAGAAAGGAAGCCCAGGAACGUUUACGCGCAGGACCGGAAGUAGCGGCGCGAGGAGCCGCCGAAGUGGCUGCUGCGAAGGAGCCGGAGAAGCAGCGGGAAGAUGGCGGGGCUGUCGGUGCGGGACCCCGCGGUGGACCGGUCCUUGCGCUCCGUGUUCGUGGGGAAUAUCCCUUAUGAAGCUACAGAAGAGCAGUUAAAGGACAUUUUUUCAGAGGUCGGCCCUGUCGUCAGUUUCCGAUUGGUAUAUGACAGAGAGACCGGCAAGCCCAAAGGCUAUGGCUUCUGUGAGUAUCAAGAUCAGGAAACGGCACUCAGCGCCAUGAGGAAUCUAAACGGCCGCGAGUUCAGUGGGAGAGCACUACGUGUGGACAACGCAGCUAGUGAAAAGAACAAGGAAGAGCUAAAGAGCCUGGGCACUGGGGCGCCCAUCAUAGAAUCACCAUACGGAGACCCUGUGAACCCUGAAGACGCUCCCGAGUCCAUCAGCAGGGCUGUGGCCAGCCUUCCUCCUGAGCAGAUGUUUGAAUUAAUGAAGCAGAUGAAGCUGUGUGUCCAGAACAGCCCCCAAGAGGCACGAAGCAUGCUGCUGCAGAACCCUCAGCUCGCCUACGCCCUGCUGCAGGCCCAGGUGGUGAUGCGGAUCGUGGACCCGGAGAUCGCUUUGAAAAUUCUGCAUCGGCAGACCACUGUCCCGUCUCUGAUUCCAGGCAACCCACAAGCAGGUCCGGGGCCUGGACCAGGUGCUGGGCCAGGAGCGGGACCUGUCCCUGGUCCGAAUGCACAGAUGAACCAGCCAAAUGUCCCCUCUUCUCAGCCACAACCAAUUGGGGGCAUGCAUGUGAAUGGAGCCCCUCCCCUGAUGCAGCCACCCAUGCAAGGAGGCGUGCCAGCGCCAGGCCAGAUGCCUACCUCCGUGCCCGGCCCUGGCCCCGGCCCCCUGGCUCCAGGAGGUGGCAUGCCAGGUGGUGGCCCAAUGCUCUUGGAACGUGGGCAAGGGAACCUGCAGCUCUCUCCCGUGGGACCUGCCAGGCCUGCCUCUAUUGAGCGAGUUCAAGUGCCCAUGCCAGACCCACGGGCUCCCAUGCAGCGUGGGCCAAUGCCAGCUAGCGGGCCACCCCCUCGAGGCCUUCUGGGAGAUGCCCCCAAUGACCCCCGUGGAGGGACUUUACUCUCAGUCACCGGAGAAGUGGAGCCCAGAGGCUACCUUGGACCACCCCACCAGGGGCCACCGCACCAGGGACCUCCCAUGCACCAUAUCCCUGGCCAUGACAGCCGUGGGAUACCCCCCCACGAAAUGAGAGGCGGGCCAAUGGGAGAGCCCAGACCCUUGAUGGGAGAGCCUCGGGGACCCUUGAUGGAUGGCCGAGGUGGGAGAGAUCCAAGGGGCAUGGAACCCAGAGGCAUGGAACCCAGAGGCAUGGAACCCAGAGUGAUGGAUGCCAGGGGCAUGGAGCCACGGGGCAUGGAGCCACGAGGCAUGGAGCCCAGAGUGAUGGAACCUCGUGGCAUGGAACCUCGGGGCAUGGAGCCCCCUCGGGGCAUGGAGCCCAGGGGGAUGGAGCCCCCUCGAGGCAUGGAGCCCCGAGGGAUGGAGCCCCCUCGGGGAAUGGAGCCCCGAGGGAUGGAACCGCCAAGGGGCAUGGACACACGAGGCAUGGAGCCCCGGGGCCUGGAAUCCAGAGUCCUGGAACCAAGGGGGCCCGGCCCCAGCCCCAGAGGUCCCAUGAGUGGAGGAAUGCAAGGCCCUGGGCCUCUUAGCAUGGGAGCAGCUGGCCCUCAGGGGCCUCGGCAGGUUCCAAACAUGCCUGGAACAGCAAUGCAGGCUGGAGGCAUUCCUGGAGCAAGUGUACAAGCAGCUGCCCAGCCUGGGGGUUUUAGCCCUGGCCAAAACCAAGUAACACCCCAGGAUCAUGAAAAGGCUGCGCUCAUCAUGCAGGUCCUCCAACUGACAGCAGACCAGAUAGCUAUGUUGCCCCCAGAGCAAAGGCAGAGCAUUCUGAUCCUGAAAGAGCAGAUACAGAAGUCCACCGGUGCCCCAUGAUCUGCAUUCUUUGGGUUGGACAGUCCUCUGAAGGAAUUCAGCUCCUUGGAGAUAGCACUGAAGGCAGCUUACAUGCCCUUUCCUUGUCUGAGCCACAACAGCAGCAAGGGGAAGGUUCUCCCUUUCCCCCAGCCCAGAUUGUUCAUUUUCAUUCUCCCCUCAUUUUGUUCCUCCUCAUGUUUCAAAUAAAACUAUCUUGGAUUGAGUAAA